AUGCUGGACAUGAGGUACCGAUUUACGUCAACCAGCAUCACCCAGUUAGUCCCACCGCCCAACAUCUUUCUUCUUUAUGUGCAUUCACCUCGUCUCUAUUACGACACUGAAGAUUUCGGACGAAAUACAUUUGCCCCACGCGGUCGAAAUAAUAAGGCGCAUGCUCGCCCCAAGCAGUCCAAUGUGGUGUCCAUUGUCGCCUCGUCCAGGGUAUGUGCCUCGGAAUCACUACUAAGUUCCUAA